GACACCAGGAAGGAGUUGGCCCGAGCGAAUGAGCUCAGUUCGGCCAAAGUGGACAAGCAUCGGACUCCCGCCCCUGGGUACCAGGUUGGCGACAAUGUGUGGCUGGACACGCGGCAGCUGCGUCUCGAGACGGUGGCCACGAAGUUCAACCCGACGUACAUUGGUCCGUUCGAAGUGCUCGAGGCGGACAAGCACACCGUGCUGCUUCGCCUGCCAAAGUUCAUGAAGCAUCAUCCUCGCUUCCAUGUUUCACGGGUCAAGGCCGUGGGGGCGGAUGGCAUACCUGGCCGGCCAGUGUCCGAGCCUCGUCCCAUUCACAUGAAAGGCGAAAAGUAUUAUCAAGCGGAAAAGAUUGUUGAUUCUUUUAUUGACAAAGGAACGCUCUGGUACAAGCCUGGUGGCAAUCCGUCGGACAUGAAAGGUCUCAAACUGGUGGGGUACUACUCGAAGCGUCUGUCAAGCGCGGAGCGGAACUACAGCACGACGGAUAAGGAGCUGUUGGCGAUUGUGCGGGCAGUGCGUCGUUGGAGACAUCUGCUGACGGGAUCCAGGCACAAGGUGAUUUUCAAGUCGGAUCACAAGAACUUGGUGAACUACCAGAACUUGGAGGUCAGGAACUACCGGAUGGCGCGAUGGAUCGAGGAGCUCAGCCAGUGCGAUUUCAAGAUUGUGUUCACGGCUGGUGUGUCGCAGCCUCUGGCAGACUGCCUGUCACGCAACCCAAACUUUGAGGGCAGUGUGCGAGGCGAAGCCGCUCGCAAGGCGUUCACGCCGGGUCAGCUGGACAGCACGGUCGCGGCCGCAGCCACAGUGGCGAGCACGUCGGCUGGAGCAGGUCAAAGCGCAGCGAAGGCGGUGGCGGCGGAGGUGUCGAUCGAGGAUCAGAUCCGCGCACAAGUUGGCACCAGCCCCCCUGACCAGAAGUUGCAGAAGCUGCUCGGACUCACGCUGGCUGAUGGCCUUUGGAGAGAUGGGAGCAAGCGCAUCUACGUCCCGGAAGGUGACUGUCGUCGACUGGUUGUGGCCGAGUGCCACGAUGCCAAGGGGGCGGGUCAUGGUGGCAAGCACCGCACGAAUUUGCGUGUCAAGCAAACGCAUGUUUGGCACAACAUGAUGGAGUACAUCGAAAAGUACGUGGCUGGUUGCACUCUCUGCCAGCAGAACAAGCCGUCGCAUCUCAAGCAAGCUGGCCUGAACGCAUCGAUCGAAGUGCCUGCUGGUGUGUGGCAGGAUGUGGCUAUUGACUUGGUCACGGAUCUGGUGCCGUCGAAGGAUUACCGUGGGCACAAGCACGACGCGGUGCUCACUGCUCAGUGCUUGCUUUCAAAGCAGGUGCAUCUCAUCCCGUUUUCCAAGGAUAGCAGUAGCGCGAUGGUGACGAGGGCGCUCAUGGAUCGCGUGUUUGCGUACCAUGGGCUGCCCAACACGCUGCUGCACGAUCGUGAUUCACGGUUCCUAGCUGAGCACAUGACCAGCAUCUGCAAGGGGCUUGGCAUUAGGCAGCGGGCGUCAACGUCGUUUCACCCCAACACGAACGGGUCUCUUGAGCGACAGCAUGCAGUGAUGGCUCAGGUUUUGCGUAAUUACGUGAACCACAGUCAUGACGAUUGGGUGGAGUUGCUACCCUGGGCCGAGAUUGCCAUGAACUCGUCGGUCAACGCAAGCACAAAGGUGACGCCGUUCAUGGCGAGCCAGGGCUUUGAAGCUCGGACGUCAUGGAAAAUUACUCCUCCUGAACGAGAGUCGGACGUUGAUGAGCACAUCGCGCUCAUUCGUACGAUUGUUGAGGACACCAGGAAGGAGUUGGCCCGAGCGAAUGAGCUCAGUUCGGCCAAAGUGGACAAGCAUCGGACUCCCGCCCCUGGGUACCAGGUUGGCGACAAUGUGUGGCUGGACACGCGGCAGCUGCGUCUCGAGACGGUGGCCACGAAGUUCAACCCGACGUACAUUGGUCCGUUCGAAGUGCUCGAGGCGGACAAGCACACCGUGCUGCUUCGCCUGCCAAAGUUCAUGAAGCAUCAUCCUCGCUUCCAUGUUUCACGGGUCAAGGCCGUGGGGGCGGAUGGCAUACCUGGCCGGCCAGUGUCCGAGCCUCGUCCCAUUCACAUGAAAGGCGAAAAGUAUUAUCAAGCGGAAAAGAUUGUUGAUUCUUUUAUUGACAAAGGAACGCUCUGGUACAAGGUCAAGUGGACAGGCGUGGAGGAACCGACUGUUGAGCCGUGGGAGGUGUUUGGAGAACACCAUCGAAUGACGGAGGCAUUUCAUAAGGCUAACCCGAACAAGCCUACUCGGGAAAGUGCCAAACGCAAGAAGCGCUAG